AUGCGUGUGUGUGAAGGAAACGCAAGAAGAAAGUAUAGAGGAGUGAGACAGCGACCGUGGGGGAAGUGGGCCGCGGAGAUUCGCGACCCGAAGAAAGCAGCCAGAGUGUGGCUGGGAACUUUUCCCACCGCUGAAGCUGCUGCACUCGCUUACGAUGAAGCAGCUCUCAGAUUCAAAGGAAGCAAAGCCAAGCUCAAUUUUCCAGAAAAAGUUCAUCUAUCUGUGGAAUUAGGUUACCUCACUAAUCGUCCACCAUCAUCACAAACCUCUUCAACUCCCUUCCACCUUCUUCGUCAUCACACUGCAACUAAUACUCAUGCUAUUCCCUUGCCUUCCAGUGACGCGGUUCUUUCUCCUCCUCCCUUAACCUCGUCUUCUUCGCCCUCGUCUUCAACUUUUUCGAUGAAAUCCGCAGGUUCUUCUUCUGAACCUCCUACGAAACGGACAACUGAUUUCGAUGCCAAACUCAAACGUUGA